UUCAACUCUCAUAAGUGAAAGGAUCUCUUAUUAUAAUUUUGUGUGAAAGUUUUCAAGAUGGUUUAUGAAUAUACCAAACCCCGAGCGCCGAUUGCGGCCAUGUACAACAGUCCUGGGCCGUGUUAUGGAUUACCUGCCCUGACGGGUCAAACAAGUCACGAUCCAAGAAGUUCACACACAAAGAAGCCAGCUUACUCUUUUGGUGUACGCCACGGUAAAUUCUCGGAUGACUGCAGUCCAGGACCUUGUUAUUAUCCAGAUCCUAAAAUCUCCAGAGGAGGAAAAGACGGGACUCCUCAUUAUUCUUUGUACAGUCGUAACCAAGAUGGAACUAUGUUUAAAACACCAGGUCCAGGGGCUUAUCAGCCUGAACACUCAGGACCUUCGGCCAGUUACACCCAUCCUUCCCACAGUUUCGGUAGUCGACCAAGAUACAGGAGAAGUGACAAUGUUCCAGCUGCCAAUAGCUAUAGUCUCCCAGGAAUGACCGGCAGCACCGUUCAGAGUGGCAAACGUCAAGCUCCUAAAUUCAGUCUUUCAGGUCGCCAAAGGACGGGAGGUUUCUCUGAAGAUUUGGCCAAAGCCCCAGGACCAGGAACUUACAACACAACAGACCCUAGCACCUUCAAAUCCAAGGCACCAUUAUACAGUAUGACGUCCCGAAACACCAUGCCAGGUGAUGCCACACAGAAACCCGGUCCCGGUGCUCACUCUCCACAGGACACAUGGGCCCACAAAAACAAGAAACCCGAAUAUUCUUUUGGAAUCCGCCACAGCCAGUAUACAGCACCUUUAAUUGUUGAUGUUCAAGAUUAAUUUAAUUAAUGUGUGCUUUGGACAUUGAACUUUAUUUUUUUUUUACAAACGGUCACAUGGGUGCCAUGACUAUGUGUCUUCUCACCAAAGAUUGUGUUCAUUCAUAAAAAAGAAUACUCUGAGUUUUAAUUCGGAAUAUGCCCGAAUUAGACCACCUUGCCACUUGUUGUUAAAAUUCAGGAUUAAAUUCAUGUUUUUCUGUUUGUGAUAAACAUUGCCUACUGGAUGCAUGGCAUCAUCAUCCAUAAAGACUUUUGAGAAGACAAUCUGUCGGAACUCUAUUUAUUUUUAAAAGGAGAAGAAAUUAUCUUUCCCUUAAAUUAAUGGUUUAACAUCGCUCGUAGGCCAAAGUACCCGAGAUCCAACAAGUUCUCAUAUAAAGAAGCCAGCUUAUUCAUUUGGUGUAUGUCAUGGUAAAUUCCGAGAUGAUUGCAGCCCAGGGCCCUGUUAUUAUCCAGAUUCUAAGAUUUCCAGAGCAGGUAAAGAUGGAACUCCACGCUAUUCCUUGUACAGUCCACGACAACUAUGUUUCGAACACCCGGUGUCGGAAAAUUCGGGGCCACCAGUCCACGUUAAU